AUGACAAUUGCAUUUACAAUCGUAAUGACACUAACAACAAUCACCACCCCUGUUCUCACAACAACCACUAUAUCCAACGUCAACAUGUCAAGAAGAGAAGCUUCAAUCGAAUCGGCCCCAUCGCUUCCUACCAGCGUUUACCUCCGCGCACCCUCAACACCUCUAACAGGAGGUUUCUCUCAUCUUGAGGAAAUACUUUCUCAUCCGGAUUAUCACCUCGUCAACACAAGUGAAGUCGAGGCUUCUGUCAAUGGCCUCGAAUAUAUCAACCGAAUCCCUCCAUCGGCUCCGAGGUCGGCACCAACAUCCUGGCCCCCACACCCGAGCAUAAAAGAGGCGAGUAUUGUCGGCAAAAGUGACAGUCUGGAAGGCCUGCAGAUCUCUAGCGAAGAGCCUGGCUUUCGAGAGAAUGAUAGCCGAGGCAUAAUGGUCAAACAUAAAAAUAUCUCAAACUCCAGUUGCUGUAGCAGCAUGAACAACACAAAGUGGACAGGACUAGAGGAACAAAGUAAGGACAGAUCUCAUUUUCCCGAGAAUGGUAGAAAGGAGAAAGCUAAACAGCACACGAAGGGAAUGGAACCUCGUUAUGCUGAACCAAAGGAAGAUAAUGCUUGUUUCCGAGACGAGGUUGGAGACGAAAUGAGU